AUGGCGGCUUCGGAGAACGAGAAGCAUGCAAACUAUACUACUCAGGGAGACGCAGACAGCAGCGCAUCACAGGAGGCUUCGAGCGAUGUGAUUGCGCAAACAAGAGUCCAGCGCGUCUUCAACUCGGUCCAGUUCUUCUUGCUCUCAAUCGCAUUCAUGAGCUCGUGGGAGUCGAUCGCAGGCAACUUGUAUACUGUCUUCUACAACGGCGGUCCUCAAACCCUGGUAUGGGGCUUCCUGCUGGUAUGGUGCGGCGCGAUGAGCCAAGCUGCAAGUAUGGCAGAGAUGGCCAGUGUUCAGCCCAUAGCUGGUGCGAUGUACCACUGGACAUACGCACUGGCGCCUCGAAGCAUGCGGCGCUUCGCGACAUGGAUUCAAGCCUGGCUUACAUGGGCGGGCUGGAUCUCCAUGACGGUUGGCAUCGCUAACAGCACGGCAUCUUGGAUUACUUCAAUUGUGCAGCUGAAUUACCCCGACUAUAGCUCCAAGCUGUGGCACACGACAUUGAUGGUCUGGGCCAUGAUCGCGAUCUGGGUCUCUUUCAACCUGUUCAAGUUCGGCAGAUGGGUUCCGUGGAUAGAAUCUGCGGCUGGCUUCCUUCACAUUGUUCUAUUCAUCACAUUCAGCAUCACUUUGCUAGUGCUUUCGCCCAAGCAUACCGUCGACUUUGUCUUCCUUAGUCGAGUUGAUUCUAGGACAACGUCUGGCUGGCAGAACAGCUUCAUCAGCUGGAAUCUGGGCUUGCAAACGUCGGUGUGGGCGUUCGUAGGCUUUGAUGCUGCUGUCCACCUGAGCGAGGAAGUUCAACGACCUGCAAGCACCGUCCCAAAGGUCAUGUUCUUUACAAAUCUGCUGAACGGACUCAUGGCGUGGCUUUGGAUCAUCGUCAUUUUGUACUGCAUGGGCGACCCGAGCGACGCCUUGCAGUACCCUCAGCCCAUGCUAGCGGUAUUGCUAAACGCGUCAGGGUCGACGAGGGCGGCCGCGGCCAUGGGCUCCCUCCUGGUCCUAAUCAGCAUGUGUGUUGGCAUCGUGAACGUUGCGUCAAUGUCUCGUUUGACCUGGAGUUGGGCUCGAGAUGGCGGCUUCCCGAAAGUACUUGCAUACGUCGAUUCCCAGAAGCGGGUGCCAGCGCGCGCGGUCCUCUUUUCGGUGGGAUCCGUCAUUCUGCUCACUUUCAUCAAUUUUGGCAGCUCUUUGGCACUUCAAGUCUUCGUGUCACUCUCGACCGUGGCAAUGUAUCUGAGCUACUUCAUUGCCAUCCUCAUGAUGUUGCUUAGACGGCUAUCGUCAACGCCCCCGGAACGCGGACCUUGGAGCAUGGGCAGAUUUGGGUUGCCAGUCAACAUUUUCGCGCUGGUCUAUACAGCUUACAUCAUAAUAUGGCUGCCCUUCCCGACAACAAUGUCGAUCACGGGGGCCAAUUUCAAUUAUGCAUCACCGGUGCUGUUCUUUGUACUGCUGAUAGCUUUGGGGCUGUGGAUGGUGAAGAGGAAGAAUUGGCCAGGCUUGAGGGAGGACAUCAUCGAGGAAUUGCGCUUCAUGAUUUUGGCACGGCUCAAGCAAUGGACCGCCCUCGCGGCUAUCUGCGCCAGCAUCGCAACAGCGCAAUCGUGUGGUACCUGCACGAACGACUCGCCGCAACCUAUUGAGCGCGUCGAGGCGCCAUGGGAAUUGAAGGGAACAGUCUACUCCAUCCUGCUGGUGCCAUUGGAAGGUACCCUUACAGGUGACCUGCCAGUUAAGGCGUUCCCGCCGUUCGAACGACAUUAUCCGGAAGCUAUUCAAGGCGACUAUGCUGGACUCGUCGGGAUGAUCCAGGUCAUCCGCUACACGGAGAGUCCAGUCGGGCCGUAUGAUGAAUUGCUCUUGGUUCCAGGCUUCUUCAAUAAUGAGGUUCCAACUGAGGAUGGGGACACCGAGAAGCAGAUGCGUGUGAGAGUGUCCAGAAUCUAUGUUUCUCAGAAGUACACAGCGUGGAAUGGAAGGAAGAAUUGGAAUAUCCCCAAACACCUGGCACAAUUCGACUGGACGGAAGCCGACGACGGUACAGUAGGUGUCAAGAUCUACCCCUUCGACACCACCGGCGACGCAAGCGAGUCCGCCCCAGCAGAAAAGCCCUGGUUCCAGUUCAAGUUCCGUUCCGGUCUGCUAGACGCCAUCAACCUCCCAGUGACUACCGACAUCUACAAGCUCGUUGGCAUCAACGCUACGUUGCUGCAGCCACCACUUCCAGCAGGUAAUGACUCCUGUGGUAUUCUGACAGGGACCGACCGCUGGAAGGCGACCGUGCCGGGGCAAUAUAGCGAUUUCUCGAGCUUCGGGACUUUUGAUCUUGACCAGGAUGGAAGCGAUGCUGGUGCUGAUGGGAAGAAUGCUGUGGGUGAUGAGUACUUUGAUAAUUUCUGGCCGGGGCUUGGAAGGUAUAACUUGGGGUUGAAGAUGGAUCAGGCGACUAUCACGUUCAGUGAGCCUGAAGUCUACUAA